AUAAACAAAUCUAAGCGCUCUUCUCGUAGACGUUUGCCACCAAUAAGAUCAGGCGAAAUUAUUGAUUAUAAAAAUAUUAAUUUACUUCGUAGAUUUAUCAGUGAACAAGGAAAAAUUUUAUCUAGACGGAUGAAUAGAUUAACUUCAAAACAACAACGUUUGAUGACUAUUGCUAUUAAACGCGCCCGAGUUUUAGCUUUAUUACCUUUUUUAAAUAAUGAAAAUUAA